AUGUCCAGCUUGAAGAGAGAGGGUCCAAAAGCACAAGGUAUCGAGAUGGAGAACGGAACAUGUGCGACUUACUGUGCUGUGCAACUCUCUCCGCGCACAGUGCAGAGCUCCCGAGUCCGGCUGCAUGGUAUUUCUCGUUCUUUCACAGGAUCGCGCAAAGGACGGAGAGGGAGAUCGGAAGAGGAUGACUACGGCGAUAGUCCGGAGGCAGGAUCGCCGUUGCUGGAUUUGGAUGUGCUUCAGGAGAUUCGGGAGCAUAAUUUCGGCAAGACCGGUUCCGAUGCGACGCCUGAAGCUGCGAUCACGGAGUCCAUCGCAACACUGUUACAUCCGACGAUGGCGAGGGUGCUCAUACACAUGAACACUUGUCGAGUUCCAGCUGUUAGAGUCUGA